UAAGGAUUAAGGAGCAACUAACUAGCCAAUCACAAUCCAGAUCCAAACCCGUAAAAAGUCAACACCGUAGAGCUUUUGUAGCCCCGUUAGAAAUGACCAUCCUACCCCUCCCAUUUUCGGAGAUGUUAAAAAUAGUUAUUACAGGCAGAUUCAAUUUCAUCAAAAUUUCUCUUUCUCCAUCAAUGGAAGACGCACACUCUUCUUACUCCCACUACCAGCACCACUCUCCCCCCUCCUCAAAUAAUGCCGACGCCGUCGGAUCGAUCAACGGAGCUAAGUACCGUCUCAUGUCUCCGGCCAAGCUCCCGAUCUCUAGGUCAACUUCUAUUACUAUUCCUCCUGGCCUCAGUCCGACCUCGUUUCUCGAUUCCCCCGUUCUUCUCUCUAACAUCAAGGCAGAGCCAUCUCCGACCACUGGCUCCUUCUUCAAGCCUCAUUUGAUGCAAGGCUCUGGUGAAAACGCAGCUCUUUCACUAGAGAAAUUUUUCUCCGGUCGUAAAGCGGUAGAUGAAAAAACGUCGAGCAGUUUUGAGUUUAGGUUUCAGACUGGAGCUAGUUCUACAUCAGGAUUAUCGUCUGCAGGGCUCUCGGGGCCAGUCGUUUAUCAAGACCAACACAAUUCACAACCGCCUGUACCUUCACAAUCUGUGGUAGUCGGUGCACACAAUUCACCUAUUCGUAAUAGUAUUGACGAAUUAAAUCAAGGAGGACAGUCUAACACAGGCAAUCGGACUUCAUCUUCUGAGCAUAAAGACAGCAUUUCCACAGUCUCGAAUGAGAGAACAUCAGAGGAUGGGUAUAACUGGAGAAAAUACGGCCAGAAACUGGUUAAAGGAAGUGAAUUCCCACGAAGUUAUUACAAAUGUACGUAUCCUAACUGUGAGGUGAAGAAAAUAUUCGAACGUUCUCCGAGUGGACAGAUUACAGAAAUCGUCUACAAGGGUUCCCACGAUCAUCCGAAACCACAACCUGCACGUCGGCAGAAUUCUGGUGCUCUUUUGUCAAUUCAAGAGGAUAAGCCCGACAAGGAUUUGUUAUUCACUGGUCAAGAAGACAAGUUGAACAACAACAAAAUGGAGCAAAACGCCUCUCCCAUGUUGUCUCCUCUGCAAACAAACGAGGACAACGUAGAUGUUUCAGUUUCACAAUAUCCGGGCCUCAACGAUGAUGUUGAAGAAGACGACCCUUUUCUAAAACGGAGCAGGAAAAUGGAGGAAGGUAUUGAUGCUACACCAGUAGUUAAGCCAAUCCGCGAACCACGAGUUGUUGUCCAAACCUUGAGCGAGGUCGAUAUCCUGGACGAUGGAUAUCGGUGGCGUAAGUAUGGCCAGAAAGUAGUCCGAGGCAAUCCAAAUCCUAGGAGUUACUACAAGUGCACUAACGUCGGUUGCCCUGUGAGGAAGCAUGUGGAGAGAGCAUCACACGAUCCGAAAGCAGUUAUAACUACUUACGAGGGCAAGCACAACCAUGAUGUUCCAACUGCAAAGAACAACAACAACAACAACAACAACAACAACAACAACAACAUCAGCAGCCAUGAUUUUUCUGCUCAAUAUGCUGGAGCUAAUUCAAAGCUGAGGCCGCCACAAGAUAGUAGUAGUGGUAAUGGCUCGAUCAGCCUCGAUCUUGGUGUUGGAAUUGGCAGAGAAGCAAUGGAUGCUGAAGAGGGUCGAGGGCAAAUCGGUAAUCCCGCUUCUGCAGCGGCUCAAAUCCCCGCGUACUAUGGUAUUGUGAAUAUGUACGGAAAUCGAGACAAUCUCGUCGAAGGUCGCAGUAGCUUUCAGGCACCACCGAUGCAUCCUUCUAACCAGUGCCCGCCAAGCCUCGGAAGGAUACUUAUGGGGCCUUGAUACUAUGAAAAUUUCGAGACAAAAAAUUAAAUAAAAAUUGAAUCUUUAUUAUUAUAUUGGCUGUUUCUCUAUUAGUAAAAUCAAAGGGGUUUUGUUCAUUCUCAUGCUAAAAUUAGGAUUCUUAUUUGCACCCCACCCCCCAACUACCAUUUUGUUACUAAACUGUUUACUGUAAAUUAUUGUUUGUUCCUCUAACCCCUAACCGGACACACUCAAACAAGAAAGUUCUUGUUUUCUUGAUUGUUUUUUGGUUUACAUGUUUUUAACAGUUAUAAUAAUAUUUCUGAAACAGAUGCUUCUGUA